AAAAACAGAGCGCCAUCGAAGAGAAAAUUCAGUUCGGAAUUCAACGUCGACACUUCAACAGUUAAGUGAAUUUUGUUCAGUUCUUCAAGUAACCAAAAUGAGUGCUGGUAAACAUUUGGCCAAAGGUUCCCCCAAGCCUGUCCUCCCCGACGAUGGAGUGCUCCGCCUGUACUCCAUGAGGUUCUGCCCCUACGCGCAGCGCGCACAUCUCGUCCUGAAUGCCAAGAAUGUGCCCCAUCACACCAUUUACAUCAAUCUUACCGAGAAACCAGAGUGGCUCGUGGACGUGAGCCCGCUGCUUAAGGUGCCUGCACUGCAGCUGGUGGCGGAGAAGGAUCAGCCCUCGCUCAUCGAGUCGCUGAUUAUUGCCGAGUAUCUGGACGAGAAGUACCCGGAGAAUCCGCUACUGCCCAAGGAUCCGUUGAGGCGGGCCCAGGACAAGAUCCUGCUGGAGCGCUUUAGCGGCAUCACCGGUGCCUUCGUAAAGAUCCUGAUGCACAGCACUGGUCUGGAGGAUUACUGGGCGGCGCUGGACAUCUUUGAGCAGGAGCUGACCAAGCGUGGUACCCCAUUCUUUGGCGGCAACAAGCCGGGCUUUGUGGACUACAUGAUCUGGCCCUGGUUCGAACGCCUGUCCGUGAUUGAGUUGAAGUUGAAGGAGGAGUACAACUUCGACGAGGGUCGCUUCCCCAAGAUCAGCAAGUGGAUUGCUCUGCUGAAGGCGGACUCGGUGGUCAAGUCCUUUUAUGCCACUCCCGAGCAGCACAACGAGUACUGGCGCACGCGCAAUGCCGGCAAACCCAACUACGAUCUGCUGGCUUAGAUCACAACUGAAAGUAAACUAUAACAAGGAGAUUUAUUAAUGCUCUAAAUAACAAUAAUGAAUAAAAUAUUUAAUGUCAUACAAACAA